UCCUAAACAUGGAUUUUCACACACAGGAAUUAUAGCUGCCAACUUCAGAGAGUACAUGAAGAUCACAUCUGCAAUAUCACAGUAGAAUCAGGCUUCAUGAGUGUUGAUGAAUAUUCUAUGAAACUUAAUUAUUUUGAAAAUGGAACUGUGAAUUCAUUUCUGUUGGAUGCUUCUUUUGAGCCAGUAAAAAAUAUUAAACCAAAAACCCCAUUUGAUCUGACAUUACAAUAUGCAAAUGGGACGUAUCAUUUCUUUUGGAAGAGUGGAUAUGAAAAACAUACCUACCAGAUAGCUCUACCUAUCAAAUAUGAAUUCAACUACUACAAAGACGGAGAUCCUACAAGUGAAGUCAGUGUUCAACUAGACAAAGAAAUGAUUCAGAUUGAGGAAAUGAGGUUUGAUCCGGACACAAUGUACACUGUGAUGGUGAAGAGUAAGAUAGAUAACAGACAGACCUACAGUGGAACGUGGAGCGACUGGAGCAGUGCUGUGAAAUGGAAAACAGCAUACAGAGAUGAGCCCAGUCAAGACAAGAUUGUCAUUGGAAUGUUUGCAGUGGCUGGACUUUUAAUUCUGCUUAUGUCCUUUCUUGCUGCCAGAUUUAAGAUGAAAGAUAUUUCAUGGGUGCCAACACCAGAAACGUACUUCCAGCCACUUUAUCAAAAUUACCAUGGCAAUUUUCAGUGUUGGGUUUUGGCAAAAACUCCUUUAGAAGAUUUUCAAGUUACGGAAGACUUUUCAAAAAUUGACAAGAUUUCCGAGGUCUUUACCACACUACAGGAUCAGGUAGAGAAAACGGGCAUGUAUCCCACAGCACAAUGCCACACACCCUAUGUGGGCCCCACAGCGGAGGUCUGGGCCCCGUGCCAAAUGCCUGAUACGCGCAGUGAGACAAGCAUCCCGUGUGAGGAAUUUCCUUUGUUCUGCGAAGAGUUGCCUGAUAAAGUGGAAAAUCUCUUCCAGUCUCUGAACUUGUGUCUGAGUGGGGAUGUUCUGUCUCUGAAGGACUCCAUUCUUAGUCUUGAGUGUCUUAACGGCUGCGAGACUUCUGAAGCAGCGGUUAUUAUUAACCCAGUGCCUGCGUGUUUCAAACAAGACUACUGUACUCUUACCAACACUCCCACAGGCCCAGUUCCCACCUUCACCAGAGAUGUAGAGCAGGACCAAAACACCUCCUAUGAUUAAAUGCAGGAAGAUAUUACACCACGGAUUUCUGUAGAUAUGUAGACAUUUUAAAUGGAUACACUCUUAAAAAUAAAGGUGCUUAAAACUUUCUUCACAGCAAUGCCAUAGAAGAACCAUUCAUUCAAAGGUUCUUUAAAGAACCAUCUCUUUCUUCCCUUUUUAUCAUCUGAAGAACCUUCUUUCGCUACAAAGAACUUUUUUUUGAAACAUAAAAUUUCUUCUGAUGUUAAAGGUUCUAAAUUAGACAAAAAGGUUAUUUUAUGGCAUCGUGAACCACCUUUUUUAAGAGUGUAUUUAAUGCUGAUCGUUUAUUAACGUUUGAAGUAUGACUGUAUAUAAUUUAUGUUCUAGAACUAAAUGCACAGGCCUUUUCAAAUAACACAAACAAGACAUUCUCACACUGUACCUCAAUGAAACAAGUUGUUCAUUGGUGAAGUAGCUAUUAUACUCCCUCUACUACUUCAGUUGAGGUUUGAGUUUUUGUGUGCAGUACUUAUAUGAUUUUGUGUUUUUCAUUUUCUUUCAUUCAUUAAGCAAUAUUGGCACUGAAUGUACUGUAUUUUCAUUUGGGGUAUUUUUACUGAGAGGAAAAUGAUAUGUAUUUCAUGUGGUUAAGACUGUUAAAGCUAAACCUGAACUGACUGCAAUUUUACCUAGAAGAAUCGAAAGAUUUUAGCAGUUUAAAUAAAUUUAAGUAAACUUUA